AUGCUUAGUUCUAUUGAGCUCCCAGGCGCGCCAGCCAUUCCCAAUGAGACCAAGCCGCGUAUCAACAACAACUUGAAGGACGGAAAGCUGGUGUCCCGACCAAAGGGCAUCAACUCGCUGUACGAAAACUUUCUGCAGGGGCGGCGCCUGGCUGGCCGCGACGCACCUGUAUUCGGCUACCGCGUAGUCGUCGACGGUAUGGGCAACGUUGGGCCCUAUCGGUGGCUCUCGUGGGACAUAUUCCAUGAGCGAUUCGUCAAUUUAUCUUCCGGUCUCGUACACCUGGGUAUGCGCGCUGGCGACAACAUCGGUAUAUUCAUGAACAACAGCGUCGAAUGGGUGCUGACCGAGUUUGCUGGCUACUAUCAGAACUUUGUAUCGGUUCCCUUGUACGAAACACUUGGCCAGGCUGCUAUCGAGCAUAUGGUGAAUGAGGCUGAGCUCAAGACGAUUGUCUGCACAAACCAGAAUGCGCGGUACAUCCUGAGCUUGAUUGAGUUUGUGCCGGUGGUUAUGAACCUGAUUGUGGUCGACACGCUAACCAACGAUGUAGUUGCGCUGGGUGAGGAGCAUGGAAUCAGUAUCCGACCGUUCCGAUACGUGGAGGAUUCGGGCAUAAAGGGAGUUGUCGAUCCAGAGCGGCUCCCUGGCCCCGAUGAUGUCGCCACGAUUGUAUAUACGAGCGGCACCUCGGGUACACCAAAGGGCGUCGUUAUCACCCACGGAAACAUGCUGGCAUCAUGCGCUGGAGCCUCAAUGAUCCAGAAAUGUGGUGAUAUAUGCAAUAUCUCACCUGAAGACUGCUCGAUGGGAUUCCUACCGCUAGCACAUUGCCUCGGCCGCAUGGUGCUGCACAUCAUGCUUUCGCGUGGCACCAAGACGGCAUUCGCUUCUGGCGACACUCUAAGGCUGAUUGAUGAUAUCCAGGAACUGCGACCAACGAUAUUUGUUGGUGUGCCUCGCAUAUUUAACCGCAUCCAGGACAAGGUUCUAUCAGCAGUGCGCACACGCGGCGGUUUGCCCUCAGCGCUGUUCCAGUAUGCGCUGACGACCAAGAAGGGCAACCUAAAGCACGGUCAAGUCAACCACUGGCUGUGGGACCGCGUGAUAUUCAAACCGCUGCGCGAAAAAUUUGGCGGCCGCCUCAAUCUGAUUGUAUCGGGGUCGGCUCCUAUUUCGCCCGAGACGCUUGAGUUUUUGCGCUGCUGCUUCUCAUGCAAUGUUGUUGAAGGAUACGGCCUCACAGAAACCAUGGGCCCAGCAACCCUAACCAAGUGCGACGAUGUGGAGCCCGGAAAUGUCGGUGGACCUUUGCCUAGCACCAUGAUCAAGCUACGCAGCGCACCUGAGCUCGGCUACACCGUCGACGAUAAGCCAUUUCCGCGUGGCCAGAUCCUUAUCUCGGGCACCUCGGUUGCCAAGAAGUAUUACAAGGAAAACAGCAACAUGGUGCUGUUGGAACGUGGCGACGAAUGGGUAAACACAGGCGACAUUGGCAUGUUCGACAAGUACGGCCGGCUGCAUAUCAUCGAUCGCAUGAAGAAUUUGUUCAAGCUGGCGCAAGGCGAGUACAUUGCACCCGAGCGCAUCGAGAACAUUUAUAUGGAUCACUUUAUUGUAAACCAGGCUUAUAUCUACGGCGACCCGCUGCAGAAUGCACUGGUUGCAAUUAUUGUCCCGGACGAAGAGUUCCUGCCCAUGUUCUUAAAGAGCAAGAACAUUCUGCCACCCAAGUCGAACUUGCCGCUCAAGGAUAUUUGCCGUGACACCAAGGUGCGCAGAGAGGUCACAGCUGAGCUGGCCGCGUGGGGUAAGGCCCAUGACCUCAAGGGAUUCGAAAUUGCAAAGAGCAUAUACCUGCUGUCCACACCAUUCGAAGACAUCGGGCUGAUUACGCCCACAUUCAAGCUCAAGCGACGUGAUGCACUGUCGUACUUUAAGGACAUCAUCGGCGAUCUGUACAAGGAGCUCUCGACCACCAAGUAGCAUACCGUUGUUGCAGAUGCACUGAAUAUAGUUUACUUGAAUCCACCAGUUGUUCCGCACUCGCAAUGCGAGCUCAGCUGUGACACCUACACUACUAUUUUUGCUGUCUUGUCGACUUAGUAAUAGGCAAUUGGAUGGAGGGCUUUUUCUGAUGUUUGUAUCGUUUAUGGCUUAGGCUGAAAGUGU